UCAGCAAUCAAAAGUGUGGAUUCAUUCAAAGGGCAACACAAGAUGAUCAUAUACCAUGAUAUUCUUGCCUUGACAUCAAAUUUCAGUUCGAAGAACCUUCUCGGCAGCGGCAGCUUUGGUUCUGUUUUCAGAGGUGUACUUGGGGAUGGAACUGCAGUUGCUACCAAGGUCAUUGAUCUGCAACGUCAUGGUGCUGCCACCAGUUUCGCUGCAGAAUGUGAAGCAUUACGAGGCAUUCGACAUCGAACCUCAUUAAACUCAUCACUGCUUGGUCAGGGAUUAAUUUCAAGAAUGAAGAUUUUAAGGCAUUGGUUUAUGAGUAUAUGGUUAAUGGGAACCUUGAGCAAUGGCUGUAUCCUGAUAGCAACCAUGGUAGAGGAGACAAACCGGCGUUUGGCCUUCUGUCAAGGUUAAAUAUUGCUAUCAAUGUUGCAUGCGCCCUGGAAUAACUCCACCAUGAUUCUGUUACCCCUGUUGUUCAUUGUGAUCUCAAGCCAAGCAAUGUGCUGUUGGAUGAAGAUAUGACUGCAAAGGUUGGGGAUUUUGGUCUUGCAAGAUUGAUUGAUGAAGGAUCUCUCGUCAAUGAACUGAGUACAGGAGGGCUUAAAGGGUCUAUUGGUUACAUCGCUCCAGAGUACGGAAUGGGUGGAAAACCAACCACACAGGGUGACGUAUACAGCUAUGGAAUUCUACUACUGGAUCUUUUUACAGGGAAGAGACUCACCACCCAUGAGAUGUUUUCUGCCGAUCUGAAUCUACAGAAGUGGGUAAGGGAGAGAAUCCUUGGUAAGAUCUUGCAGAUCGUCCAGGAUGAAGCAAGGAUGAACGUCAUGCAUUGCGGUGAAAUAGCCAUCCAAGAGAAACAGAUUGCUUGCUUGGCUGCAGUCAUUGAAGUUGCUUUAUCAUGUGCUGUUGAAUGUGCACAAGAUCGGAUGUCCAUGAGGAUGAUUCUUCCAAAACUGAAAAGGAUAAGAGAUUCCCUUGCCUAGACAAGGUGUUGUUUUGUUGUUACGAUGUGUAAGAGGAAAUACCAAUCUGCUGAUAACAGAAGAUCCUGAGAAUAGCGCAACCAUAACAAGUCAAGCGCAAGGAUCAUUCCAUACAGGAAUCGCUUGAUGAUUUGUUUUAGCUAUUACUAUAUCAUAGGAGAUUAGGCUGUUGUUGUAAUGUUUCUCUUGUCACUCAUAGAUCCACUCCUUUUCUCUCUCUCUCUGACGGAGCUCGUUUUGGAGAGCGACGAGUUUCGGUGCUUCCUCUGGGGUCGCCGUUUCAUCGUCUCCGUCUCUGGUAAACCAUCGACCAUCGGGGUGACAAAGGUCUUUCCUGUUGAAGCAUUUACUUCGACAAUGCGCGCCAGCUAGCAGAGAACCACUGUAGCCAGCAAUGGAGGACGCUCUUGUUCAGACUCUUCCGACGAUGGAUGUGACAAGCUUCUCCUCCCUCCCGUUCCUGGCAGUGAGAUUGGAUGAUGAAGAUUUAGCCGGCCGCCUGCUUCGCCUUUGUCAUUGCUCAAGCCUUUAGUUUGAGGCUGCCUAUUAACUGUUCGACGUAAUGUUAGAAUGAGAAUGCUGGUGGUUUUGGUAUGCUUGUGUUGAGGCAACUUUGGCAGUAUUUGUGGGUCAGCUUUUGAGACUUUCUUUUGCUACUUUUGCUUCUCUGUCUUCCUCCGAUGUCUUGGUUUCACAUUGUAUUAAGUUGUGCCUCACCAGCCUGCAGGAUCGUGCUCAGCUUAGGCUUUGAGUGGGUCCAGACGCAGCUGCCUUUUGCAGUGGGUGGACACACAUGUGUUCUUGGCAAGUCCGGUGACAUGACCACCCUCCCUCUUCCUCCGCCUUUACAGUCACCGUGUGGGGCUUGGGUUGGCGGUCCCAGUCUUUGCGGUAUCUAGCCUGGUAAUGCCCUCUCCUUAAUCGCUUGCUUUGUCGUGCUACUGUCAAUUUUCUCUGCUCGUCUGAAGGGGCCCAUCAGACUUUGGCUUCAUCAUUCAGUUGGCAGUCUACCAUCUUCAAUUGUGUUUUCACCGGCUCGCUUCAGCUACUUGAUGCUCGCGGCCUCCUCCAAGCAUUCCUCCCUACCGCACGCUGUGAGUUUCUCUUACUACAGAUGGGUGACUGUUCCUUGCGGCCGAGGUGCCCUAAGGUGGUCUCUGUUGGUCGGCCGACUUCCUCAGCUUGGUGUGUCCCGUCUUCUCGUCGUGCUUCCAGGCUUCGGCACCUUCUUCGGUUAGUCGCUUCUAUCCGCAUCAAAUGGGGUCAAUGGUGGUGUCAGAGGUGUACUACCUUGAAUGGUCGCCAGCCUGCCACGUGUUCACGUUGUCGUUUCCCUGCUUGUCAGAAUGAUCAGCAGCUUUUUGGUCGGUGGCAUGGCUUUGCGACGGUCACUUCGUCCUUCUGGGUUCAGGUUCCUCUGCCAGUUGCUCCUCGGUCGCCCAUCUCUGAUGCUAGCUCUAUUUUCUUUGGCUCUAUCCAGUUUCCUUGGCCAGUACCUUCUAUUCCUGGUGCACGAGGUCCACCAUUCUCUGUUGAGGUUCCACGGGUCUUCAGCCUAGGAGGACUACCGCACUAGUUCCCCUCGCGUGUCGAGCCCCCGCCAUCACAG